CCGUUUGAGCUGAAGCCACCUUGACAGAAAAAGUCCAUCAGCUUGUUCUGCAGAGUGCAUUGCAUGGUUAACAAGAUUUCGACUAAACUUAUGUUUGAUUUUCAGGCUCAUAUAUCUGCUGCAUGGCAGGACACUUACUUUUGACCCUGAGCAGAUAUGCGGUGUGGAGUUUGGAUUUAAGUGCUCAUCUUUCGGGGGGAAAGGAAGCUUUUUCUACAAAAUGAAGAAAGUUGGACUUAUUGGGCUGUUGCUUUUGCCCCAGGUAAAAAAAUCCUCAGGCUGCCAUCCUCAUGUGAGUCUGGUAAAAGACGAAGAAAAGUGCAAGCAAGACCUUCUGCUGCAGUCACAAAAAGCAACAGAAAACAAUGUCAGCAUACACUGCAGGGGGAUGUGGGACCACCUAAACUGCUGGCCGCACGCUUCUCCAGGGGACACCGUUUCUCAGCCAUGCCCGGAGUUCUUCGGCUCAGAAGGAAAGGUGCAUCGUAACUGCACCGCUGAUGGAUGGACGGCCCUUCUUAUUCCGCACGAAGACGCAUGCAGCUACACUUUCAACGACACUCUGGACUUUGUUGGAGAGGCCCCGGGCUCCCACACGUAUUUCUCCUAUGUGAAGAACAUGUACACGGCGGGGUACGCCGUGUCUCUCGUCUCCCUGACGAUCGCCAUCACCAUAUUCUGCCUGUUCAGGAAGCUGCACUGCACCAGGAACUACAUCCACAUCCAGCUGUUUCUCUCCUUCAUCCUGAGGGCCAUGUUCAUCUUCAUCAGAGACUCUCUGCUGUUCACCGAUGAAGACUUCUACCACUGCGACUUUUACCCGGUGGCCUGUAAGGUGGUGCUGAUGUUUUCCAACUACUCCAUCCUGGCCAACUACAGCUGGCUGCUGGUGGAGGGCCACUUCCUGUUCACCCUGCUGAGCCGCUCCUUCUUCUCCCUGAAGAAACACCUGGCCUGGUACAUCGUCCUGAGUUGGGGUCUGCCGGUGGUGGUGAUCUCCACCUGGGGGUUUGCAAAGUAUUUUUAUGAAGAUAAAGGCUGUUGGGAAACCAGAGAGCAUGAAUGGAUCUGGUGGAUUCUCCGAGUUCCUGUUCUUCUAAGUAUCACGAUUAAUUUCAUCUUCUUCUUGGCGAUUUUGAGGAUACUGGUGAGCAAACUCAGGAUGCAAGAUGCCCAGAGGAACGAAUUCAGCCAGUACAAGAGGCUGACCAAAUCCACCUUUUUCCUGGUGGUCCUGUUCGGGAUGCACUACAUCGUGUUCGGCUUCUUCCCGGUGGAGGUCAGGCCCUCCGUGUACCGGAUCGGGAUGCUGGCAGAGCUGGCCCUCUCCUCCACUCAGGGCUUCAUGGUGGCCGUCCUCUACUGCUUCCUGAACGGAGAGGUUCAGCAGGAGGUCCGGAGGCGCUGGAGGAGGUGGAGGCUGCGCCGCCGCCUCCCAAACCCACCCGGCCGCCAUCACUCCUCCACCAGCGGGUCCCCGCACACGCAGGUGUCCCUGCUGGCCCCGGGGAGCCCCCCCGGGGGGGCCCCGGCCCCCUGAGCCAGGCCCGGGCACCAACACACCCAUCUGAGGAAGAGAAAUGGGAGGUUUUUAUGAAUGAUUCACUCAAAUUGCUGGAAAAAUAUUCAAAUUUCAUGUCAAUUUGAAAGAAAAGUACACAGAAAUUAAAUAGCCGUUUGUAACUGGAACCUAUUUAACCCAGAUGUGGAGGCUAACACCGCCCCCUGGUGGAGAUGGAGGAGAAAUACACCGUUCAGAAUAAAUUCAAGAUGGCGGACAAAACAUAAGAAAAGAUAAAAACAGGGCAAACCUCAAAUAAUUAUUAGAAAUCUAAACUGCAAGAACCAAAACCCUGCUCUGAGCAGGUUAAAGUUUUCCAGGUUUUCCAGAACUCAUGCCUCCCUCUAAGAGGUGUUUUUUAUUACAAAGAUAUUUUUAUAUUUAAAAGCCUUUUCUCAAGGAAAUAAUCUUAAACAUCAUUAUUUUUAUUCUCAAUAAACCUUUUAACUAUUUAAACCAUGAUUACCUUUCAUAAUUUAUUAAUGAAUUCAGUUUUCUUUCCCAAAAGAAAUUAAAAUUAUCAAUAAUCUGUCCAGUUUCUUGUACUUCUUGGGAAAAAAAAGACAGUCGAACAGAGAAUAAAAUAGGCUUUUUAGCUAGUCUGUUUUAGAUUUGAUGAAUCAGAUGAAUGAAGAGACUCAAAUAAAAAAAUAUUAAAGUAUAAAAACAAGCAUCUAAAAACUUAAAGCUCAGAAAAAUAAAAAAAGUGAAAUUUUACCUCAUUUUCCAAACAGAAACUGGUUUUGGGAAGAUCUCAGAAGUUUUCUUGAUAUAUUUGUGAUGUUUUUGAUCGAUUCUCAGCAUCUCCUGCUGAGUCUGAAUUUACUCACUGAAAAAUGACCAAGUUUCAUAUAUUUUGUGACUGAAAUUUUUAUCAAUAAACUCAUUUAUGUCUUAUUGCAUUUGUUGCUGACGUUACUGAAAUUCAGACAUCUAAAAGUUUGACUCAGGGCUCAUUAAGUUAG